AUGGCGCCCCCCCACGUCCUUGCGUUCGGGCUCCUGCUCGCCGCGGCGACGGCGGCGGUGGCCGCGGCCCAGGAAGGAUGUGUGUGUGAAAACUACAAACUAACCACAAACUGCUCUGUGAAUGCGCAUGGUCAGUGCCAGUGUACUUCAAUCGGUACACAACAUUCCGUCAUUUGCACAAAACUGGCUUCCAAAUGUUUGGUGAUGAAGGCAGAAAUGACUGGCUCAAAGGAUGGGAGAAGAGUGAAACCAGAGGGCGCUAUCCAGAAUAAUGACGGGCUCUAUGAUCCCGAGUGUGACGACAAGGGGCUCUUUAAAGCCAAGCAGUGCAAUGGCACCUCCACGUGCUGGUGUGUGAACACUGCUGGGGUCAGAAGAACUGAUAAGGACAGUGAAAUAUCCUGCUCCGAGCCAGUGAGGACCUUCUGGAUCAUCAUUGAACUAAAACACAAGACAAGAGAAAAACCUUAUGAUGUUCAAAGUUUGCAGGCUGCACUCAAGGAGGUAAUCACAAGUCGUUAUCAACUGGAUCCAAAAUAUAUCACAAAUAUUCUGUAUGAGAAUGAUGUUAUCGUUAUUGACCUGGUACAAAAUUCUUCUCAGAAAACUCAGAAUGAUGUGGACAUAGCUGAUGUGGCUUAUUAUUUUGAAAAAGAUGUUAAAGAUGAAUCCUUGUUCCAGUCCAAAAGGAUGGACCUGAGAGUAAAUGGGGAACUACUGGAUCUGGAUCCUGGUCGAACUUCAAUUUACUAUGUUGAUGAAAAACCACCUGAGUUUUCAAUGCAGGGUCUACAAGCUGGUAUUAUUGCUGUCAUUGUGGUUGUGGCAGUAGCAAUUACUGCUGGAAUUGUUGUGCUGGUUGUUUCCAGAAAGAAAAGAAUGGCAAAAUAUGAGAAAGCUGAGAUAAAGGAGAUGGGUGAAAUGCAUAGGGAACUCAAUGCAUGA